AUGAACGCUCCGAGGGCGUACCGGAUCGCCAUCCUCGAGUGCGACACGCCGGUCCCGGCGGUCGUCGCUCGCCAGGGCACAUACGGGGACAUAUUCAAGAAGUUCCUCGAUCGGGGUGUUGCAGCAGGAGGUGCGGCUAGCGUCGAAUCGCAUAUCGUCACUUGCAACGUCGUGCUCGGAGAAGAGUAUCCAAACCUGGACGGACUGGAUGCUCUGCUCUUGACUGGAAGCAAACAUGACUCUUUCGCGGAUGAGCCUUGGAUCCUCGGCCUGCUCGACUACGUCCGCAGCGCCCAUCAGAAGGGCAAGCGCAUGGUGGGCAUCUGCUUCGGCCACCAGAUCAUCUGCCGCGCCCUGGGCGGCAAGGUCCAGCGUAGCCCGGGCGGCUGGGAGGUCUCCGUGUGCAAGUUCGACCUGACCGACGUCGGCCAAAAGCUGCUGGGCAAGAAGGAGAUGUCUCUUCACCAGAUGCACCGCGACGCAGUCCUGGAGCUGCCCCCUAACUUCCAGAAUCUCGGCUCCAGCGACCGGUGCGCGAUCCAGGGGUCUUAUCUGCCGGACCAGAUCCUGACUGUUCAGGCGCAUCCCGAGUUCAGCGACUUCAUCAUGUCAGAGAUUCUGUCAAUGCGGCACGCGCAGGGCAUCUUUUCAGACGACCUAUACAAGGACGCCUCGGAGAGAUCAACCCUGCCCCAUGACGGUGAUUUCUUCUCUGCUUCUGUGUGGAAAUUCCUACUAGAGCCAUCGCCGUGA